AUGGCUGGUGUACUUCACAGCUCUCCUGACUCCCUGGCUGAGUCCUGGUUCAAGUCUAGACUCAGCCACCAGCGCAGCUACAGCUCCGCUCACUCCUGCGAGGAGUCGGACCUGGACCUGGACCUGGACCUGGACCUGAACCGCUCUCUGGGAAUCCACGCUCUCAUUGACAACAUGGUCUGCUUCAUCAGCGGCGACGUGGGCCUGGUGCCAGCCUUCAAGGAACCAGAGGAAAGCAUGUCCACUAGCCCUCAGGCUACCGUUCUUGCUAUGGAGCAGCAGCAGAGCAGGGCAGAGCUGCGUUUGGAAGCGCUCCAUCAGAUUGUGGUGUUGAUCUCUAGCAUGGAAGAGAAGGGCAGCCAGUCUGGAAGUGCUAAUCGAUGGAGCAGCACCUUCCAGUCCUCUUUUCUUCUUACCUCCGUCAGGCUGCAGUUCCUGGCUGGCUGUUUUGGUCUUGGCACCGUUGGUACCGGAGGCCUGAAGAGCGAGAGCAUGCAGCUGCAUCACUAUCAAGAUGGGAUUAAAGCUGCCAAGAGGAGCCUGCAAAUGGAGAUUCAGACAGCUGUCCAUAAAAUCUAUCAGCAGCUGUCAGUCACACUGGAGAGAGCCCUGCAGGCCAACAAGCACCACAUAGCUUUGAUCCGUAAGCAGCACACUGCAGAGCUUCACAUCGGAGACUUCCUAGUCUUCCUCAGGAGGGUGGUGUCCUCUAAAGCUAUCCAGUCUAAGAUGGCUUCCCCUAAAUGGACUGAAGUUCUGCUCAACAUCGCUGCUCAGAAGUGCUGCUCAGGGGUCCCUCUUGUAGGAAACAUGAGAACUCGGCUCCUGGCACUUCAUGUUCUGGAGGCUGUGCUGCCUGCCUGUGAGGCAGCUGUGGAAGAUGAGCAGGUGACACAGGUUGUCGAGCGUCUCUUCUCUCUGCUGUCCGACUGCAUGUGGGAAGCUCCUGUUGCUCAAGCCAAACACACCAUCCAGAAUAAAGAGACGGUCCGGGAGCUCAAACUGCAGGUAGAAGGAGAGGAAGAUGAGAACCUUCCUAUUCAAGAGGUGUCUUUUGACCCAGAGAAGGCUCAGUGCUGUGUGGUGGAGAAUGGUCAGGGCCUGACGCAUGGCAGCGGGGGGAAAGGUUAUGGCCUGGCCUCUACUGGGAUCUCCUCCGGAUGCUACCAGUGGAAGUUUUACAUUGUGAAGGAGAAUCGAGGCAAUGAGGGCACGUGUGUCGGUGUCUCUCGAUGGCCUGUGCAUGACUUUAACCACCGCACCACAUCAGAUAUGUGGCUGUAUCGGGCGUACAGCGGAAACCUGUAUCACAAUGGGGAGCAGAUGCUGACGCUGAGCAGCUUCACACAGGGAGACUUCAUCACUUGUGUCCUCGACAUGGAGGCGAGAACCAUCUCCUUCAGCAAGAAUGGAGAGGAGCCCAAGUUAGCCUUUGAAGAUGUGGAUGCCUCAGAACUUUAUCCCUGUGUGAUGUUCUACAGCAGCAACCCAGGAGAGAAGGUGAAGAUCUGUGACAUGCAGAUGAGAGGAACACCACGUGAUCUCCUCCCAGGUGAUCCUAUCUGCAGCCCUAUGGCCACUGUGCUGGUCGAGGCUACCACGCAGCUAAUUCGCAUCUUACACCGCACCGACCACUGGACCCACCGCAUCAACAAAACCAUGAUCGAACGGCUGCACAAGAUCAAGCCCUGCUUUAGAGAGUCGGCUGGCGGGUUGGGUGGCGCUAGCAGUGAGAAGCUGAAAAAGAGCCGCUCGGUGCAGAGCCGUGAGGAGCACGAUGCUCAGAAGGAGAGCCAGGAGGCACCCCCCAGGACGGAAGAGGACAGGGCUCGCCAUGGACGGCAGCACUGGCUGGGGGAGUUGUCAGAGCACCACUUGAGAACCCUGUGCACAGACGUGUGGCCAGUUCUGGCUGUGAUCGGAGGGGCAGAUGCUGGGCUGAGGGUGGGGGGCAGAUGUGUUCACAAACAAACCGGGAGGCACGCCACAUUGCUGGGUGUGGUCAAAGAGGGCAGCACCUCUGCGAAGGUCCAGUGGGAUGAAGCUGAAAUCACAAUCAGCGACACUCCGCUGUACAACCUGGAGCCCUGCGAGCCUCUGCCGUUCGACGUUGGGCGUUUUCGUGGCCUCACCGCCUCACUGCUGUUGGACCUCACUUACUUGACCAGCAUCCAUGAGGAGACUGCUGCCAAGCUCUGUGCACGGCGCCAUGAAAAGAAGCAUCGCAAUGCCGUCUCGUUGGGGCAUGAGCUGACUGGUACCGAGGAGAAAGUGGAUGGUGAGGGCCACAGUCGUAAUGAACAGAAAGAGAACGGAGCUUUGGCUGCCACCUCUGACUUGCGAGUGUCUCACAGCCUAGAGGAGGUGAAAUCACACCUGGCUCCCAACUCGAAGUCUGAAAGUGACAUCUCCUCUGUAGCUGGCAAUGGGAAUGAAAGCCUUUUCACAACAGCUCCUCACAGUGCUGCUGAGGGCAACAGGAAGAAGGCUCACGAGCACGGCUCUCGCAGCCAAGAGCUGGUCUCCAUCAGCACUCAGUCAGAGAUCCACGCCGUGCAGCUGUCCUACCUAUACCUGGGAGCCAUGAAGACCCUGAGUGCUCUGUUGAGCUGCAGCAAGUACGCAGAGCUGCUCCUCAUACCUAAG